AUGGCCUCAGAAAUUGAGGAAGGGCCUUUUGUGCCCGCUUUGAUCGUAGUUGAUAUGCAGGAAGACUUCUGUCCACCCAAUGGCUCUCUCGCAGUACAAGAUGGCCGGUCCAUCGCUCCUCUGAUCAACUCCCUCCUCGCUCAACCCGCAUUGGUGUCCCGUAUCGCAACCCAAGACUACCACCCACCAGACCACAUCUCCUUCGCCAGCAAUCACCCGCCUCCAAAUAACCGACCGUUUGAGUCAUUUGUGGAAAUGACGAAUCCCCAUCCACCUCCUGGUCAAGAGCCUGAAACAAAACCCCAGCAGCUUUGGCCUGUCCAUUGCGUGGAGGACACCCCCGGCGCCGCUCUCAUUCCCGAGAUUGAUGCCAGUCUAUUUGAUCUAGUGGUGAUGAAAGGCAGACAUUCGCAGGUCGAGAUGUACUCUGCAUUUGCCGAUGCGUUUGGAAACAUUGAUCCGACAGUCACAAUGCACUCGGUUACGGUGGAUGUUAUCUCUGAGCUCCAGGCUAAGGGGGUGACGGAUGUCUUUGUCGUCGGGCUGGCAGGGGACUAUUGUGUGAAAUGCACAGCUAUUGAUGCGGUCAAGGCUGGGUUUCGAAGUUGGCUUAUCGAGGAGGGAACGAAGUGUGUUGUUCCUACUGGUUGGGAGCUAGUUAAGGAGGAGCUUCUUAUCGCGGGGGUUUCCGUGAUCCAUGCUGAUGACGCGGUCCUCAAGAAGUUAGCGGUCGCAUAG